AUCAGAUUUCUUUUAGAAAGUCGCUAUGUCAAUCUAUCCGUCUGCCCUCCUCGAUUUCUUUUCCCGGAACUUCUUAACUAAGUCAAUGCCAGCGGCCACUGCACCCAAGCCCUCAUCAUACGAUGUCAUCCACGCCGGCGAGCACACGUUAAAGGUUGCGGGGCACUCCAUGCUCAAAGAAGGCGAUACCAUGCUCACGUCCGGCCCCUUCAGCGUCGGCGGUCACGACUGGGCUAUCGCCUACUUUCCGAACGGCGACUCCAGGAUCGACGACGGGCAGUUCACGUCUGUUUUUCUCAAGUUGCUGAGUGCCAGCGAGGACGAGGUCACGGCGACCUACACCUUCAGUCUCCAGGAUCCUGCAUCGCCUGUGACCGGAGAGAAGAACAAACGCGGACCCGCCACCGCGAAGUUCUCGUCCAACCAGCUAGGUUGGGGUAUUCCUAAGUUUGUUAGUAAAGCCGAUCUGGCCGCGUCCGGGUGCCUCAAGGAUGAUUGCCUGGUGAUCAAGUGCACCGUCAAGAUUGUUACCACCAAACUCAUGAAAGACAAUGAAGACGAUGGCAAUGACGACAACAGCGUUGUCGUGCCACCCUCCGAUCUCCACAGCCUUCUGGACAGCGAGCUCAAGCCGGACAUGACUGUUAAGAUCGGUUGGUUCAAGAGAUUCAAGGUGCAUGGGCGCGUGCUCGCUGCACAGUCUCCGGUCUUUCGCGCCCUGGUGGAGAGCAAGAGAAACUACAUCCGCGUUGACGAUAUGGAUGUCAACGUCUUCGAGGUCCUGCUGCACUACGUGUACAAUGAGACUCUGCCCGACUUCAUGGAGGAGACCACGGAACAUGCUUUAAACAUGGCGCGCCAUUUGCUUGUCGCCGCUGAUCGGUACGAGAUAGGGAGGCUAAAACUCAUAUGCGAGAGCAAGCUUAGCAAGGCUAUAGAUGUCAACACAGUGGGCUUAACUUUGGAUCUUGCAGAGAAACAUAGUUGCCAGCAGCUCAAGGCUUGCUGUCUCAAGUACAUGCUAAGAGACGGUGAUAGACUACGAACCAUUGUGAAAACAGAGGGGUUCGAACAGCUUAAGCAAAACCGUCCACAUGUGGUGUACGAUAUUCUCAGUAAAGUUAUUGACAAGCUGUAACUUCGACACUUCUGCGUGACACCGAAGGAAGUGAUCGUUAUAAUCAGUAAUAUUUGAGAACUGAUGGAGAAAAUCCGAUUAAUUUAUGUUUCCAUUGUUUAUAUUUUCUUUCUACUUUGAUGUUUGCAACGUUAAUAUUGGCAUUAUAUGAUGAUGACGGUGACUGUAUUUA